CUUACCAAUUUGUCUCUGAAUCAAACUGUAAGGUAAUUGAUUCGACAAAGCGCAGUUGACUCGUUCUAUGGCUAAUCUGCCAUUAUCGGAGACAAAACGAAAUAACAUUAAAAAAAUAGAAACAAUUGCAUAAGUUUCGGGCACCGUGACAAUUGUGCGAUAGCAUCGAAUAGAAACUUAUUUAGUCGUCGAAAACACCUUGAACGUUGAAUAGUUUACAAUUGUAAUAAUUUAUUUGCGUUAUUUAUAUUAGGCAUGAGAUUAUGAGAUAAGUAACUUGGAGAAAAAAAAUCACUUGUGGAACGAACAGUGUGUUAUUUAUAAGUGAAUAUCCGUCACUGGUUGCCGUGUAGUAAACAAGGAUUUUCUAUACAUACGAAUACCUUCGGAAGAUCGGAUUAAUAAAAAAUUCAAAAGAGAAUUUUCAUUUUGUUGACAUCCGCUGAGUUAUUAAAAUGAUUAUUAGUGCCGUGUGUGUGCCAAUAAUUCGCAACAGUAGGUAUUGGUGAGAUGUGAAUUUAAAAUAUUUUCUGUCGAGCGUGAAGAAAAUAUUUUUCAACGGCAAAAUGCUGAACAACACGGCAACGGCAUGUCGCUUGAUGUCUUUCUUUAUUGGUAUCACACAAGUAUGCUUCAUGCCGUCCCCUGUAGGCGACUGUGACAUGUGCUGCCAGAGAGAUGAUACUAUAGACAUCCAGUAUAAGCUUUUUACUAGGAAUAAUCCUAUUUACCAUGAUGUUAUCAUCCCAGGGGACGCGGCUGCCUUAUCACAGACGCGCUUCAGUCCUUCGAGACCGACAGUUAUAUAUUUAUUUGGGUUUUCUGAGGCUAUAACUGGAGCGAGUACUACGAUGUUAAGGAACGCUUUUCUAGAAAACGAUGAUUACAACUUUAUUGCAGUGGAUUGGUCUCGACUUGUUGUUUUUCCGUGGUAUAUAUCAGCUGUGAAAAACACAAGAUACAUGGGAGAGCGACUGGCUGACUUCGUAGAGUUCCUGAACUCUACGGGAGUUCCAGCGGGAACUCUACACGUGGUGGGGUUCUCACUGGGAGCUGAGGCGGCUGGGUUUGCUGGGAAGACACUUAAAACAAGAGGUCUUAUGUUGGGAAGAAUAACUGGUCUGGAUCCAGCAUAUCCUGGUUACAGUUUAGGGGGUAAAGACAACCAUCUCUCAAAGGGUGAUGCAAUAUUCAUAGAUGUAGUACAUACAAAUCCUGGGCUGUUUGGUUUCCCUCAACCCAUCGGCGAUGUGGAUUUCUUCCCUAACUAUGGGCAGUGGAUCCAGCCUGGAUGCUGGUUUGAUCAGCUCCUGAAGAAUAGUGAAUUUAAUUAUAUGGUUGCAGUCACAACCGUUCGUGGAGGUUGUUCGCGGAAUCUGUGCGGAACCCUGCAGGUUUCCCGGCGACAUUAUGCAGAGACUGGAGAAGCGCUACUGCCUCGUGCCGUUUUAUGGUCCACGGUUAUAUGGGCUUUGGAGCACAGCCACCAUGGGUGCUGAACCGACUACUCACCAAAUACCAAUGUUCAUAGUAGAAUGAAGGAAUCGUUGACAAACACACAGCACAAAAUAAUAGUUUUCAUGUAUAAAAAGGUUAGUUUUCUCUCAAUGUAAACACCUUUGGAAUUAAAGUAAACGCCAUCUAAUGUGUUUAAUGUAUAAAAUUGUUUUAGCUUCUUGCCGAUAGAUGGCACUUUUGAACUAGUUACCUUUUCUAUUCAUCGCUAGAUGGCAGUACGAGUGUUUAAAUAUCGAA